AUGGCCUUCGCCAACACCGUCUACAACGCUUUCUUUCGACGAAACAGUGUCUACGUCUCCACCAUUUUCGCCGGUGCAUUUGCGUUCGGAAUUGGCUUCGACGUCGCCGUUACUACCUUCUAUGACCGCUGGAACGCUGGGAAACAAUGGCAGGACAUCCGCCAUAAGUACGUGGAACAGGAGUAA